UACAAAUAUACUGACGCGUAAGUGAAAGACUAUUUGUAGAUAUUCAGAAUCAAAAUUAUUUAAACGCAAAUGAAAAUUAAUUUAUCAACCACUUUAUUUUACAAUUUGUUGUGUUAGAUAUGGCAUAUUAUCCCGGUAUUUAUAACGGAAUUGCAAAACAUCCCGACUACAUAACCCGUAAAGCAAGACGUGAAACGUUCGGAACCGACGAAGAGUUUUUCAUAAGAUUAGCAAUAUGCGGAUUUUAUGCUACAGGAACGUACGAUUGUGUGAAAUGCUUUUUCUGUGGAAUCUGUUUUAGAGAUCUGCCGCCUGAUCAAAAUAUCUGGUUCCAUCAUGCAACAGAUUCUCCAAAAUGUGAAUUUCUGAAGUUACACAAAGGAGAAAAGUUCAUUGAGAAAGCACUAUAUCUUGCUGAACGUGAUCCAACGGAACUCGAUGACGAGAAAGAUCUGGAGUGCAAUGAUUCUGAUCAAAUGAUAGAAGACCUGAAUAGUAGGGCCUCGCAGAUGAUGAUGGAUAAAGGAUAUAAACAGAGUGAAGUUGAGCAGGCGAUAAUCAAAGCGAGAGAAAAACACGGUUACGGAGAACUUAAAGUCACCGAGAUCUUUGAGUGGUUGCUUGAAAAUGAAUCGAUCAACAAACCAAGUAAAGUUUUCUCUACCGCACCCUCAACCGCUACAUAUCACGAAAGCCCGGCAACAUCCUUCUCUGGUUUCUCAAAAAUCAUGGACACAUCAGAUUUUAAUGGGGAAUCAUUUGAUCCAGAACAUCGUCACCUUAUAGAGGAAAACCGAACACUAAAAAGCAAAAUGACCUGCAAGAUAUGCAUGGACAAGGAAUCAUGUGUCUUGUUUCAGCCGUGUGGUCACAUGGUCUCGUGCAUGAGCUGUGCAAGCAGGUUAAAGACAUGCGCAGUGUGCAGAGCUACAGUAACACAGACAGUUCGUACUUAUACUGGUUAAACUGGAGUUUAAUUACUUGAUGAGGCUGGUUUACAGUCUUUGCUAAAUUGGUAACAAUGCAUGGAUAUUUAUUUAUUCAUGUAGACAAAAUUAUGAACGGUUAGAAAAAUUACAGGUAGAAUAAGUCGAAAUUUCUAUAAAAUGAACAUCAUGUUCUUCAAUGACACAAUCCUAACUGGGAAACCAGUGCAUACGUCGAUGCUAUAUUUAGAAAUAAACGGAAUCCCAAUACACAUGUAUAAUACGUGUUUACCAUAUUUAAAUUCGCUCUCUUCUCGGCUACUGUAACUUACUGUAUAUGGUGUGUUAUCUUAAGAUCCUUUUUAAAGUAAUAUUUUCCUUGAUUAUAUCUCGUGUGAAAGUUAUAAUGAAACUUAAGAAGGAAAUAAACCCUAUUUUGAAUACAAUAGAGAUUACUUUUGAAAUAUUUAAAGAUUGAAAACUUUUUUAUAGAUUACAAUAAUUUUGAUUCCAUAUAAAUGACAUUUAAUCGCUGUUAUAACCCUAUCCCCCAAAAGCCCCUUGUGGUCACUAAGAAAAAUAACAAGAUCAGGAUCAAAUGAUCCAAACAAAAUGGAAAAAAUAAUGGUUUGCAAAGAAAACCCUUUAAUUUGGAAUAAAAUUGACAAGUGUAAUCAGAUCAAAAUUAGGAUCAAUUUUAUGAUUAAGAUGAGUAUUUGGAUUAACUGUAAAAUACAAAUAUCUUGUAAAAUAAAAUAUUUAAUGUUUAUUCUAAAAUUUCAUUAACAUCCUAUUUCAAGUCCAAUUUUAUCAAGUUGAUAUAUAAGUAAAAACAAUGGAAAGUAUUUGAGUUUUUUAAUUUGAUCCUUAAAUCAUAGUGAACACGAGGCCAGGUAAUGCACAGAACCUCCAGGUAUGCCAUUUUUGAUACCUAUCAACGCAAUCUAGAAAUGGCGAAAGGCUGAAUAUCCAUUCAUACUUGCUAAGUUUUUUUUUUGUUGUUUCUGUUUUCUGUUUUGUUUCUGUCUUUUUGUUCCUGUUUUUUGCUUUGUAUUUGUUGUGUGUUUGUUUUCUUUGUUGUUGUUGUUUAAAUCAUAGAAUUGCUCUUACUAAAUAAUGAAUGUCAUCACAUGUAUAGCUUAUAAUUAUGUGUAGAAUCUGAUGAAAACAUACCAAGAUCAGAAAGAAUAUGUAAAUCAUGUAUGAGACAACCUGAAACAGAGUAUCAUUUUCUGUUAGUCUGUUCACGUUAUAGAUAAUUGAGGAAAAAGUUUUUUUAACCCUAUUUUUUCAUUGGCCUCUGUUAUCAAAUUUGAUGGCCUAAUGUCUUCUAAUUCAAAGAAAACUAUAUGUGCUUAAUCUAAAUUUAUUUACUUAGCAAAUAGACGACGUGUUUCAUAAUAUUUCUUUUAAUAAUAACUGAAAAUGAAAUGUAUUUGAAGAGGUUUGCGUUUGCAUGUAUAUUUUUCCAAAAAAACUAACUUGCAACAGUGAACAUUACUUUAAAUCUAUAGGCCUUUAGUGUUCUUCAUGUCUUUAUAUUUCAGAAAAUGAUAGAAUAAGUUGAGUGCAGACUUUUAAGAAUAUUUAGGUUGGCGUAUUUUUAUUUGAAACUUAUACAUGCAAGCGCAACAUAUUAAAUAUUAAACAGAAUAUUCCAUAAAUCAUCUUUAUGUUUGCUGUAAAAUUCAUGUUUGGAUCUCCUAAAAUUUUAUAUAAUAUUAUUCAAUUUAUACUUUUUAUAAGCAUUAUGUUAUGCUUUAUGCAAAUAAACGUUUCGUAUUCGUAUUCGUUUUUUUAGGGUGACGGGGGCGGGUGGGGGUAGUAAGGCCCCAAAGAUAUCCCCGUUCUUUGGCUCCGUCAUAUGACUAAUAAACAGUCGUUCGCAACUCGAGCAUAUUAUUAAAAUUAACAAAGUAAUAGCAUUUUCAUGUAAAGAAGGCGACUUAAUAUCUAUUUAGCAAAAUACUGAUUGUGAGUUUUGUAACAGGGUUAAAAAUAGACAAUUGGAUUGAGCGAUAAAUAAAUAUUGAUGUGACA